CUCUUGGUGGCGACCACAUGGUUAACACGCACAAUGUGAGUGAAUUCAUUUUUCUGGGACUUUCCCCCAACCAGGAGGUGCAGAGAGUUUGCUUUGUGGUAUUUCUGCUCUUGUACACAGCAAUUGUGCUGGGGAACUUUCUCAUCGUGCUCACUGUCAUGACCAGUAGAAGUCUUGGUUCCCCUAUGUUCUUCUUCCUCAGCUACCUGUCCUUCGUGGAAAUCUGCUACUCCUCCACCACGGUCCCCAAACUCAUCUCAGAUCUGCUGGCUGAAAGGAAAGCCAUAUCUCUGUGGGGCUGCAUGACACAGCUUUUCUUCAUCCAUUUCUUUGGCGGUACUGAGAUGUUCCUGCUCACCGUGAUGGCCUAUGACCGCUAUGUGGCCAUCUGCAAGCCCCUCAACUACACCACCAUUAUGAACCGGCAGGUGUGUGCUGUCCUCGUGGGAAUAGCAUGGGUGGGAGGCUUUGUGCAUUCAUUUGCCCAAAUCCUUCUCAUAUUCCACUUGCCUUUUUGUGGCCCCAAUGUGAUCGACCACUAUUUCUGUGACCUGCUUCCUUUUCUCAAACUUGCCUGCUCUGAUACCUUCCGCAUUGGUCUGCUGAUUGUUGCCAAUGGGGGGACCCUGUCCGUCAUCAGCUUUGUGGUCCUCUUGGCAUCCUAUGUGGUCAUCUUGCUCCAUCUGAGGAUCCGGAGCUCGGAGGGGCGGCGCAAAGCCCUCUCCACCUGUGGGUCCCAUGUCACCGUGGUUAUCUUGUUCUUUGGGCCCUGCAUCUUCAUAUACCUGAGGCCUUCUGCCACUCUGCCUGUGGACAAGAUGGUGGCCGUGUUCUACACAGUGGUAACCCCACUCCUCAACCCUGUCAUCUACUCCCUGAGAAAUGCUGAAGUGAAGAAGGCCAUGAAGAGGCUGUGGAUCAGGACGAUGAACCUGGAAGAGAAAUAGAGUUCGAGUCUUGGAUUUUAUCCUUGGGUCGGGAUCCUGCUGUGUCU